AUGGCAACGGCUUCAUUGAUUAAGGAAGAUCCUCACAUAGCUGACACAGUUAAUAAAACGGAAUCGUACCGCGUAUUAAGGGGCCGGGUGAAUGGUUUAGGAUAUUCCCCAGAUGCACGAUUAAUGUCGUACUUAGAGCUAGCAGGAUUCGAGUCAACAGCAUUGAUCCAGACGUUUGAUUUGCGAUACGAUUUAAUAUCCACAUUGGUUGAGCGUUGGCGCUCGGAUACCCACACUUUUCAUUUGCCGUGUAGGGAGUGCACUGUCACUCUGGAGGAUGUUGCACUGCAACUUAGGCUUCCAAUCGACGGGAGUCCGAUAACGGGCGUAAGUGCGAUAGCUGAGCCGGUUGCACUUUGUUAUAGCCUCCUAGGAGCCUCGCCCGGCGAUGAUGAGUCCAAUUUAUCGGGUUUGAAAUUUGCAUGGUUGAAAGUAAAUUUUCAGCAUUUACCAGAUAAUGCCACUGAAGAAGAGUUGAUGUGUGCAGCUCGAGCCUGGGACUCCGCAGUUCUGGCUAUGUUGUAUCGUGAGCUUUGUCGGACAACGAAGCCUCAUGCUGCAGACAUAGGUGGAUGCCUUAUAUUGUUGCAGUCAUGGGCUCUUUAUCGGAUGCCAUUCUUGGCAUCGGUUAGUCACCAGCCAUACGUAUAUCCACUAGUUAACAGAUGGAGUAUUUAUCCGGGUAUCAGGAGGUUGUGCACUGUUCCAAUAUAUCGUUUGUUGAUUGAGCAACAUGUCGGAGAAGGGUCGAGUGGUACCAUGGGGAUCGAGUACUACGAUGUUUGGUUGCAUCUAGUAUAUCUAGGAUCCGCCAAAGGAGGUGGGGAAGGUUCAUGA